AUGGUCUGGGCCAACUACGUCUUCCUGGGCUGCCGGUACCCGGCCCAGGUGAUGGCGAAGGCACUGGACAUGGCCCAUGGGCUGGUGGUGAGCAGCGCACCUGCUCGCUCCGCCGCCACCACCACACACCACCCGGUUGCCAAGGUGAAGAAAAGAGGCAUAUCGAGUAGCAAUGAAGGGGUAGAGGAGCCUUGCAAGAAACAAGCUGUUGAGAAGAGCAAAGAUUCCAAGGAUGUUGGAAGUGACGGCAAAUCUACAGAAGCCUGCAAGGAGAUAGAGAGCACCUUGCCUAAAAGGCAGAGAAAGGAUGCGGAUGAGAAUUCAGCAAAGGAUUUGGAAAGCUCAAAGCCAGCCUUUACUUUGAACCAAAUACCUGGCACAGCACGAGAUGCAGGCACAGAAAUGAAAGCUGCUGGUCAUGAAGCCACCACCAAGCAUAAUCCAGCUCCCACCUCUUCAUUGGCAACUGAAUCAAAGGCAAGCUGUAGCUUGAAUCUGAAGGAUAGCAAACAAGAAAAUGUGUUGCUGCCUGAAAAGAAAAAUGUAUUGGUGAGCACUCCAGCACUGGUGGCCUCCAAGAGCGGUCCCCAAGCAAAUGCUCCAGUGCCAGUGGCCUCCAAGAGCAGUUCCCAGGUGGGCAUCUCAGUGCCGGUGGCCUCCAAGAGUGGUUCCCAAGCGGGUGCUUCAGCGCCAGUGGCCUCCAAGAGUGGUCCCCAGGCAGGUGCCUUGGGGCCGGUAGCCUCCAAGAGUGGUCCCCGGGUGGGCACCUCGGUGCUGGUGGCCUCCAAGAGUGGUUCCCAAGCGGGUGCUUCAGUGCCAGUGGCCUCCAAGAGUGGCCCCCAGGCAGGCCCUUCCGUGCCGGUGCCCUCAAAGAGCGGUCCCCAGGUGAGCACUCCAGCACCGGUGGCUUCCAAGAGCAGUUCAGGGGCAAAUGUUACAGUGCCGGUGGCCUCCAAGAGCGGUCCGCAGGCGAGCGCUGCUGUGCCGGUGGCCUCCAAGAGCGGUCCGCAGGCGAGCGCUGCUGUGCCGGUGGCCUCCAAGAGCGGUCCGCAGGCGAGCGCUGCUGUGCCGGUGGCCUCCAAGAGCGGUCCGCAGGCGAGCGCUGCUGUGCCGGUGGCCUCCAAGAGCGGUCCGCAGGCGAGCGCUGCUGUGCCGGUGGCCUCCAAGAGCGGUCCGCAGGCGAGCGCUGCUGUGCCGGUGGCCUCCAAGAGCGGUCCGCAGGCGAGCGCUGCUGUGCCGGUGGCCUCCAAGAGCGGUCCGCAGGCGAGCGCUGCUGUGCCGGUGGCCUCCAAGAGCGGUCCGCAGGCGAGCGCUGCUGUGCCGGUGGCCUCCAAGAGCGGUCCGCAGGCGAGCGCUGCUGUGCCGGUGGCCUCCAAGAGCGGUCCGCAGGCGAGCGCUGCUGUGCCGGUGGCCUCCAAGAGCGGUCCGCAGGCGAGCGCUGCUGUGCCGGUGGCCUCCAAGAGCGGUCCGCAGGCGAGCGCUGCUGUGCCGGUGGCCUCCAAGAGCGGUCCGCAGGCGAGCGCUGCUGUGCCGGUGGCCUCCAAGAGCGGUCCGCAGGCGAGCGCUGCUGUGCCGGUGGCCUCCAAGAGCGGUCCGCAGGCGAGCGCUGCUGUCGCCCCGGCGCCUGUGGCUUCCAGGGGCGGUCCCCAGGCGAGCGCCCCGGCGCCUGUGGCUUCCAGGGGCGGUCCCCAGGCGAGCGCCCCGGCUCCUGUGGCUUCCAGGGGCGGUCCCCAGGCGAGCACUCCAGCACCAGUGGCUUCCAAGAGCAGUUUGCAAGCAGGCACAUCACUGUUGGCUUCCAAGGGAAUUUCACAAAGUGCUCCAGCACCAUUGGCUUCCAAGAGUGGGUCACAGGCAAGCACACCAAUGCUGUUGGCUUCCAAAACUGGUUCACAGGUGAGCAUUCCAAUGCUGUUGGCUUCCAAGAGCGGAUCACAGGCAAGCGGUUCAUUCUUGGCUUCCAAGAGUGGAUCACAGGCAAGCGCUUCACUCUUGGCUUCCAAGGCUGGGUCACAAGCAAGCGAAAGUUCUGCUAAAGUACUGCGUAAGCCUUUAACCAGUGAAGAUGCAAAGGAAAGACAGCCUUUUUUUAAUAGAUUGUACAAAGCUGUAGCCUGGAAAUUGGUUGCUGUUGGAGGCUUUAGUCCUAAUGUAAAUCAUGCAGAACUCUUGAACUCAUCCAUUCAGUCCGUAAAAGCUACCUUAGAUGUUGCUUUUGUUCCACUGAAGGAGCUUGCAGACUUGCCUCAAAAUAAGAGCACUCAGGAAAAUGUAGUUUGUGAACUGAGGUGCAAAUCUGUCUAUUUGGGUACUGGAUGUGGAAAAAGUCAGGAAAAUGCCAAAGCAGUUGCUUCAAGGGAAGCUUUAAAAUUAUUCCUGAAGAAAAAAGUUAUUGUAAAGAUCUGCAAAAGAAAGUACAGAGGAAGAGACAUUGAAGAUUUGGUACUACUCGAUGAAGAAGCAAAACCUUCAAACUUACCUCCAGCUCUGAGAAAUCCUCAGGAGAUUCUGUAGGGCAGUGGGGGAAAUCACUGUUUAUACCACGUAUAGUAUUCCAACAUAAGAACUGAAGGUUAAUUUUGUACUCAAAAUGUAGGCUUCCAGAGAUUUUGUAUUUCUUUCUCGGUUAUGCAGAACAGUUAUAUUGUUCCUUUCACUUCGUAGCAAUUGUAAAUAAUUUGUUAGAGAUGAAAAGUGCGCAUUUAAAGAUAUGCCUUAACAUAUAGCACACUAGUGUGCUGUUUUAUUUGCUAAAUAGUCUAAGUCUUCUAUUUUUAAUUAAAUGAGUAAGGUACAAUUUGCUGUUUAUAGUCUGAGAAUUUUGUAAUCUUACAGUUUGGUGGCUGUGUGCUCAGUUGUAUACUACAUCUUUUUUUAGCUGCAUAGGAAUGUGUAUAUAGGGACCAUAGCACUUGAAUGGUCAAAAGUUGUUAAAAAUUUCAAUUAGAGUUUAAUCAUUUUGUUUGAAAUACAUGUAUGUUGCCCAUAAUGCUCACUGUUCCUCUUGAAAGGAAAGAAAAUAGUUGUUGGACUAUUUUUAUGAAAAGUUGUAACAUUUUAAAUCUAAUUAUAAAAUGAUAUGCAGAUUCUAUUUAACAUUAUUAUACUAGCAAAUUAUCAGUAAACAAUCACCCAGGUGACUUCAACUACGAAAACUCUAAGCAGAUUUAAUUUGAGAUUUUGUGAAAUACCAUUUACACUGUUUUUCCAAGUAAACAUGGAUUUCUAUAUUACGCAUAUUUUAUGACUGCUACUAAAACAAUCUUCUGAGAUGCCCUCUUCUACUGUUUUGUUUUAGCUGUUAAGCAUUUUGACCAUUUUGAUGAUUGUUGGUAACACUUUUUUAAAAGAAAUGUACACUAGCUUCAGUGUGAGGGGUUUCAGGAGGUAAUCCCAGAAGUACUAGUUGCUCAUUCUGUAUAGUUUUAUUGAGGUGAUACAGAUGUAAAACUCAGAAAGCAUUUUCUAAUAAACAAUGGAAUGCACACUAA